ACACGGACGCUUACUCUUUGCUCCUUUGGCAAGGGCCGAGUUAAUGCUUAAUCUAAGUACAGAGUCGUAAUUGCUAAGGCCAAGCCCAGUUCACGGGAAGGAGGUUACUUGGUUGUGAACAGAUCACUGCAGAGGCACUCAAGCUGAGGGACUCAUCGGACUCAUCUCUUCCUGACAAGCACCUUCAGGACAGACCACCAUGUCUAAGAACUCCUCGGUCACCAAGGCUUUCGCCGCCGCCUUCGUCGUCCUGACGGCCUCCGCCAUAGCAGGCAUUGUCACCAUGGUCAUUUUAUACAAAACCCAGAUCGCGACAAUGAAUCCCACGCCCCGGCCGACUUUCCCUUCCACCACCACGGGCCUACCGCCCGUCACGCGGCUUCCGAAGAACCUCGUCCCGGAGAGAUACAAGGUCUUGCUCUGGCCUCUCUUCUACAGCCAGAUCCUUGAGGAGGUCAACGUCACCAGCCCCAACCAGACGGCGCUCUUCACUGGAAACACCACCGUUUACUUUCAUUGUGUCCAGGGUACAAGCUCCAUCUACCUCCACAGCCAGAACCUGGAUGUUUAUGGUCCAGUGGUGGCGAGCACAGACAGAGAGGAAAGGAUCCGUGUUACCAGAAUGGAAAACCACCAAGACCAAACUAACUUCCUGGAGAUCGAGUUGGAUUAUGCUUUGAAGACGGGGGGGAACUACAGUUUGUUUCUGUCUUUCAGCGGAGAAGUAUCAGGUGGUCUCGAGGGGAUGUAUGGUAGCACAUAUGAAGAAGGUAUCCCAGCUCAUGAAGACGAUACAGAUACAGACAGAUUCCUUAUUGCCACCAAUAUGGAACCAACAUUUGCCAGGAGGGUGUUCCCUUGUUUCGAUGAGCCAGAUUUUAAGGCAGAGUUCGAGGUGACAAUAAUCCACAGGAGAAUCACGACGGCUCUAGCGAAUGGCAUAAAUACAGACGGCGCCAAUAUUAUAGACGAUGAUUGGAAAGCCACAGCUUUUCAGCCAACACCGUUGAUGUCAACGUACCUGUUUGCCUUCACGGUUUCAGAGUUUACACCAACCCCCUCCUCACAUCACCGUGUGGAAAUCAAUACGUACGCUCGUCCUAAGGCCACUGCAGCAGGACACGCUAAAUAUGCAGCGGAUAUCACGGGAAGGAUUCUCGACUACUUUGAGCGCCGUUUUGACAUUAUAUACCCACAGAGAAAGCUAGAUCAGAUUGCACUGCCAGACUUAAUUUCGGACGGAAUGGAAAACUUGGGGCUGAUCACGUACCAGGAGGGGGAGCUGCUCUAUGAGGAGGGGGUGUCCUCUCUGCUUGACAAGGAAAACAUCGCUGAACUCAUUGCACAUGAACUGGCACACCAGUGGUUUGGGAAUCUGGUGACGAUGAAAUGGUGGAAUGAUAUUUGGCUGAACGAGGGCUUUGCCAGCUACAUGACAUUCUAUGCAGUGGACGCUGUUGAGCCUGACUUUAAAUUAAAAGAUGUAAAUAUCCUGAACAACCUCCACUCUGCGUUUGAGGCGGACGCUCUGGCCUCCUCUCGUCCCCUCAGCACUUCUCAGGGAGACGUGCAGACCACUUCUCAGAUCAUGGAGAUGUUUGAUACUAUAACCUACUGUAAGGGGGCAGCUGUGCUGGUAAUGCUGGCAGACCUUGUGGAUCAGCCCGUUUUCGACAAAGCAAUCGGAAGGUACCUCUCAGACUGGAAGUAUAAAAACACAGACCAGAACAUCCUCUGGGAAUACAUACAAAAGGCAGAUGACGAGAGUACAGGCGAAAGGAAUAUUGCCGAGGUGAUGAACAGCUGGACUAAACAAAUCGGCUACCCUGUUAUCACCAUCAACACUACCAGUGGAGAAGCCUUCCAGAAGCACUUCCUGUUCAAUGACUCAGCAGUAUCUAGUCUUUCGUGGCACGUCCCGAUCAGAGCCAUGAAAUAUACAACUCUGUUUCGUCUAAUCUGGUUGAAACCUGGCGAGUCAGCAAUGAAAGACGAAUUUGUUGCAACUAAAGGAGAGUGGAUUCUGGCAAACGUCAACUGUACUGGAUACUACAGAGUCAAUUACAACCCAGAGAACUGGGAUCGCCUCAUCACUCAGUUGCAGAAAGACCCACGUCGGAUCCCACUGAUGAACAGAGGGCAGCUUGUUGACGAUGCAUUUAACUUGGCAAGGGCCAAACUUGUCGACGUGACUCUGGCGCUAAAUUUAACGCGCUUCAUUCGGAAUGAGACGGAGCUAAUACCCUGGGCAGCAACCAUCAGCAACCUCGGGUACUUUGUCCGCAUGUUCGAUCGAUCUGAGGUGUAUGGACCAAUGCAGAUGUACCUCCGUAAUCAGGUUGAAGGCCUUUACAAUUCUUUCGGCAACUACACAGACAAUUCCACAGUCCCAACUGAUCACUCCUCACAGCAAAUCCAGAUAAAGGCCAUAGAUGUGGCAUGUUCCAACGAACUCCCAGAAUGCAUUGAGAUGGCUCAACAUAUGUAUGCCGACUUGAUGAAAAUCAACAGCACCAACAGCAAUGAUUUAAGAAAGAGGCCGGAGAACCUGGGGUUGAGCCACCUUCAGCCAGACGAACUCCGCUGUGUCGGCCUCCUGCUCCUCGGGUCCCCCUUUUGGCGUCAGCAACCUGUGUGGAGAAAUCUGAUUCCCACCCCUCAAGUCUACGCUCAGGGCUUCUGGGCCCUCAGGUGUUUGACCCACCACUGGUAG